AUGAACUGGACGACAGAAAAGGUGAGAACCAAGGAGAGUAAUUGGCAGUGUGAGAGAAAGAGGCGACGGUCGAUCAGCUCGCAGCAAAACAGUCUGCCUUCUCGCCACGGCCAGGGCUUCUUCUCGCGAACACACGGCCGUUUCACUUUCUCCAUCAAUCACCUGCCUCCAAUGGAAGCACCUCUCAACUGCCGUCUUUUGCUGACAUUCCGACCCACAGUUCGCUAUACUGUGAGCGCCUGCCACGCAAUUCGUUCAGCUCGUUUUUUUUUGCCGCUACUUUUACUUUCGGUCUCAUUUCGCACUAACAACCGUCGGUCGUUUGAAGUCGAGAAGCCACAAAAUGAUGACGUCAAAGCUACAGUGGGGAAGAAUAAAAGAAAGCAGAAAGGAAGAACUGAGGGACUGGGUGGAAAGUUGAAAGAGAUCCCACAAUUCGGCCGUGUCGGUCGCGCGGAGAAAGAUGACCUAGAAGAAAAAGGCCACGCACGGCUUUUCUCCUCCUCUAGCCACUGCCGGACGUUCGUCCAAAGUCCAAGAUGA